UUUUAUCAAUGGUAGUUUCAUUUUCUAAAGAGAAUACAAAUAAAAUAAUGUACUACUAUGCAACAUUCUAUUCUAUAGGGUCCCCCCCCACUCCCCCAUAAUACAAUCAUGAACCUAUCUAAUGUGGCCACACUUGUAAUAUUGCACAACACAAGUGGCAAACUGACCCAUCAUAUUCUAUAUAAACAUCAAAAAACAAAAAACAUCACUCAUCCAUAAUUGUUCAACCAUUCUUAUCAUCAAGCUCAGCUCAGCUAAGCAAGAAAAUUGACCAUCAUGGCCAUGGCUUUCAAGAUGGCGACGAUGGGUAUGAAGGUCGCUGAGGAGUGCAAGGAGUCGUUCAUGGAGAUGAAGUGGAAGAAGGUGCAUAGGUACAUAGUGUUCAAGAUCGACGAGGGGUCCAAGCGGCUGACUGUGGACAAGGUGGGGCCCGCCGCACAAGGGUACGAUGACCUGGCGGCAGCUCUGCCAGACGAUGACUGCCGAUAUGCUGUCUUUGAUUUCGAUUUUGUCACCGUAGACAAUUGUCGCAAGAGCAAGAUCUUCUUCAUUGCAUGGGCCCCAACAGCAUCAAGAAUUAGAGCCAAAAUGCUUUAUGCAACCUCAAAAGAUGGAUUGAGGAGAGCUUUAGAUGGCAUCCAUUUUGAACUCCAAGCUACAGAUCCAACUGAAAUGGGAUUUGAUGUCAUUAAGGACAGACUCGUAUAAUUGAGAAGUAUUAAUGAUGUUUUAGUCCAUGAUUAUUUCAUAAUUAUAAUUUACGAUUUAUGAAAUCAUCAUUUAUGAUUUAUGAAAUCAUCAGGUAGUGGGGUCAUGUUACUUUACAUAAUUAAUUUAAUUAUUCCACUUUACCUAAUAAAUUUAAUUAUGCCACUUUGAUAUGUUAGGUCUACCAUCAAUUUUUCCAAAGUGGGGUGCUCUUAAGUUUUUCAAUUCACCCUCUAAUUACCUUUUUCUACUUUGUUCUUGUAAUGUUACAAAUGUUCUUUAUGCUUUCAUUUGAUCACUAUAAUUUUAGAAAUAUAAA